AUGAAGGUCUCGAAGUCUUUAUCGACUUUUGCUACAGCUUUCAUAGCUGGGAGUCAUGUCGUUAAUGCGAUAGAAGUCGAUCUUGAUUCUCCGGAUUCUAUCAAGUCCGCGGCGAGUACGAUUGCGUACGAUAUGAUGUCCUAUUACACAGGAAACCGAACGGGGGGCAUACCCGGGAAUCUACCGGCUCCAUAUUAUUGGUGGGAGGCCGGAGCAAUGUUUGGCUCACUGAUUGACUAUUGGUAUUAUACAGGCGAUUCGUCAUAUAACGAUGUUACUACGGAAGCGAUGCUGUGGCAGACGGGACCAGAUAAUGACUAUAUGACCCCGAAUCAAACUAAAACGGAGGGAAAUGAUGAUCAGGGAUUUUGGGGAUUGGCGGCUAUGUCUGCAGCCGAAGUGAAUUUUCCAAAUCCUCCCUCAAAUAGGCCCCAAUGGCUCGCUCUCGCGCAAGCAGUUUUCAAUACUCAAGCUCCCCGGUGGGACGAUAGUACUUGUGCUGGAGGACUACGAUGGCAAAUUUUUACCUUCAACAAUGGUUACAAUUACAAAAACUCAAUCUCUAAUGGUUGCUUUUUUAAUUUGGGUGCGCGCCUUGCGAAAUACACCGGCAACGAUACAUAUGCACAGUGGGCAGAUAAAACCUGGGAUUGGAUGGAGCAUGUGGGGCUUAUGGAUGAAAAGUACUACGUUUACGAUGGUUCUGACGACACUCUUAAUUGUACCAAGCUCAACCAUAUACAGUGGACUUAUAAUGCUGGAGCUUUCCUUCUCGGCGCGGCAAAUAUGUAUAACUAUACCAAUGGAAGCGAUAUCUGGCGUGGACGUGUCGAAGGUUUACUAAAUGCUACCCAUGUUUUCUUUGAGGAUAAUGUCAUGAUGGAGGUAGCUUGUGAGAAUAACGGAAAAUGCAAUGUUGAUCAACAAUCAUUUAAAGCAUACCUUGCUCGCUGGCUCGCGGCUACAACGAAAAUGGCACCUUUUACCUACGAUUCUGUUAUGGAAUUACUACGCCCUUCAGCUAAAGGGGCUGCCGCAUCAUGCGUUGGAGGCGACAAUGGACGCACUUGCGGGCUCAAUUGGAGAACGGGACAAUUCGAUGGAUUUUAUGGAGUGGGCGAACAGAUGUCAGCUUUAGAGGUCAUUCAAAGUAAUCUCAUUGCGCAGGUAGCGGGACCAGUCACUAAUACCACGGGUGGAACAAGUAAAGGUGAUCCCACUGCUGGAUCUGGGAAGAGCCCGAGUAACUAUCAGGCGACACAACCAGUUACGACGGCUGAUAGGGUUGGAGCAGGAAUUCUUACGACAGUGGUAUUGCUGGUUCUUCUUGGAAGUAUCUGGUGGAUGAUUGUGGAUUAA